UUUCGAUCCUUCGAUUUUUAUUAAGUUUCGUCUCCGUCUUCGAAUUCGCAUACAGCAGAAGACGAUGAGCUCCGCUUUAGAUUUUGCUUUUCCGGCUGCAUUCCCGGUGAAAUCGAGUUUUGUUGACGGAAUUCCUUCUCGCGGACUCGGCUCCCGCGUGAGAUUGUGCUCUCUUCGUCCUUCUUCAUCUCUCAAGGCUGAGUCAAGCAUAAAAAGAGACGUGAACCGACAAAGAAGCAGUCUUGAGUCAAUGUUCUGUUAUGAUAAACCGGUUCCGGAGGAAAUAAUCGAGGAGCCAGUAGGAUUAUCUAUAUCCGAGAGAGAAAUUGGUGAUAAUCAGCGUUGCACUUGUUGUGAAGCUAAAGGUGCAUUGCUCUGUGCCACUUGCUCUGGAACUGGUCUAUAUGUAGACUCAAUUAUGGAAAGCCAAGGCAUCAUUGUUAAAGUCCGUUGCUUAGGUUGUGGUGGAACUGGUAACAUUAUGUGCAAAACUUGUGGCGGGCGUGGUCACAUAGGACACUGAUAACUCCGAGAUUCACUUGUUCCAGUCACCACUUUUAUACGUCGUGCCUUCUCUCUGAUUUUAUUGUAAAAACCUGCUUUUUUGAGUUCCAUACCUAGAUUUGUAUUCAUGUACUGAUGUAAUCUCUAGCUGAAACAUUUACAAUCUUGUAUCAGAGUUCGUUCGUUCUGUUGUUAUAUAAAAUGGUUUCCUAAGUGGCCCGUGACUAA